UUUCUUUCCCGCAUGCAUGCAUAACAGAAGCAAGUGCGGAAUGGAACGAAAGAUUUAUUGUUAUAAAUAAGGUUGAAAAAGUUAAAUUGGUGAAUUAUGUGCGUGUUUUUUUAUUAACUUUCAGAAUGUGAUUGCUUGUUGUUGCAAACAAGAAUCCAAAAUGGUUAUUUUUGUUCACUAGGUGAAAAUCUGUUGCUCUCAUUAUGCGGUAGUAUGAUUUCUACUGACAACUGUUAAAACAACAAAAUGCCUAGAACUAAAAAGACACCAACAAGGCAGGCAUUCAUCAAACAAGAACCAGAACUGAUAAUAUCUGAUGACUUUUUUGAAGCCGAAGAUGAUCACUCCGACAUUACCGAAGAUCAGUACAUCAAACAGGAACCGGAUGAAAGUUAUGAAAUUUUCUUUUUGGAUGACGACUGCCCCGAGGCCUACGAAGAAGACAAUCACGACGGAUGUGAAUACUUCAUCAAUGCUGACUUUGUUGAACCAGAAGUCAUCUUGACCAACGAGGAGGAAUACAAUCUCAAACGCAUGCAGGAAGUUAUCGCAAAAGCGUCCAAAGAUCUCGCCUGGUAUACGGAGGGCUUGCAAAGUGACUUGGAAGAAUCGGAAGCCGCCGAAGCGGUGACCCCGAAACAAUUUUACUGUGCUUAUUGCGGCCAAUCAUUCAUCUCAUCAAUGGCCCGAUACAGACACUUCAAAACACACACCGAUUUUCAUCGGUGUACCCUUUGUCGAAAAAUGUUCCAUAAAAAGCAUCAUUUGAAAAAUCACAUGAAAAUUCACGAUAGGAACGUUAAAAUAAUGGAGCAAUAUUUGCCAAAAUUCAAAUUGCCAAAAAAUACCUCUAAAUCUAGCGGUUGCAAUAAACGGCAGCUGCUUAAACUACUGCAAUGUGAAAUGUGCAACAAAUGGUACAGAAGCAAAAUAACGCUUCACCGUCAUCAGCUUACCCAGCACCCACAUACACAAUUUACUUGCGAUAUCUGUGGAGAGACUUUCGGAACAAAUCGUUUUCGAGAAAUCCAUUACCAAAAAGUGCAUUCAUUAGGACAAUAUCAAGCAAACGGUUCCCCCCUGGAUGGCGGGGAAGUCACUUCUAACUCUCGCCGUAAUUGUCGGACCGAGAACCAGCGGGAGCAGCAGGCGGAAAGGGUCAAUUCUUCAGCCUUCAGUGGGACAAAGAAGGCCGAUAAAUGGAAAUGGAUUGGAACCGAAAAAUCCAGAACCCGCCGAAAGUGACGAGUUACCUAGGCUAAGUGAAAAAGUAAAGUUUUUUUUUCUCAUGUUUGAGUUUUAUGAAAUUAUAUUUUGCUAUUCGAUUGAA